GCGGAGGGGCGCUCCCCUCCUCAUGCCGCCCCCUCGUGCCCUCCCCGCCCCGUCCAUGUUCUGGAAGGAUGAGACCUCCGCCCCUCAGCCGGAGGGCGAGCAGCAGCCGCGGACUGAGGCCCAGCCGGACGGGGAGGCGCUCCCUUGCGCCCUGGAGAAAGAGGAGGCGCGCUCGGGCGCCAGCACCCCCUCCACGCCCUCCGUGUGCUCCCCGCCGUCCUCCGCCUCGUCCUCGCUGCCGUCGGGAGCCAAGAACCUCUGCUCCAGCUGCGGCCUGGAGAUCUUGGACCGGUACCUGCUCAAGGUGAACAACCUCACCUGGCACGGGCGCUGCCUGGAAUGCUCCGUGUGCCGGACCUCGCUCCGCCAGCAGAACAGCUGCUACGUGAAGAACAAAGAGAUCUUCUGCAAGAUGGACUAUUUCAGUCGGUUUGGUACAAAAUGUGCCCGGUGCGGGAGACAGAUCUAUGCCAGCGACUGGGUCAGGAGAGCCCGUGGCAACGCUUAUCACUUGGCCUGCUUCGCCUGCUUCUCUUGCAAGAGGCAGCUGUCUACCGGCGAGGAAUUCGGCCUGGUGGAGGAAAAAGUCCUUUGCCGGAUUCACUACGACACCAUGAUCGAGAAUCUCAAACGGGCGGCAGAGAACGGCAAUGGAAUCACGUUGGAAGGGGCGGUCCCGUCCGAGCAAGACAGCCAGCCGAAGCCGGCGAAGAGAGCCCGGACGUCCUUCACGGCGGAGCAGUUGCAGGUCAUGCAAGCACAGUUCGCUCAGGAUAACAACCCGGACGCACAGACCCUUCAGAAGCUGGCGGACAUGACGGGCCUGAGCAGAAGAGUUAUUCAGGUUUGGUUUCAGAACUGCAGGGCGCGACAUAAAAAGCACACGCCCCAACACGCGGUGCCCCCGUCGGGAGGUUCCCAGUCCCGCAUCCCUUCGGUGCUGCCUGACGACAUCCACUAUUCCCCCUUCAGCAGUCCCGAGAGGGCCAGGAUGGUGACGCUGCACAGCUACAUAGAAAGUCAGGUCCAGUGUGGGCAAAUGCACUGCCGCCUCCCCUACACUGCCCCUCCUGUGCACCUCAAAGCCGACAUGGAAGGACCCCUAUCGAGUAGGGGGGAAAAGGUCAUCUUGUUCCAGUACUGACUGCUCACGCUCUUCCUGAUCUCCCGGGGAUGCCUGCGGUGCGGCCGUGCUGCUAAGUCACCUGCCGUUGGACCCAUGGCAACCGUGAGCGAUGGGAAGCCGCCUCUGGUAUUCUGAGUCCCGUCGACCCAUCUGGCACCUGGCUCUCAACCAACCUCCGGUAGUGCCGUCACCACCACCUGUUGAGCGCCUGGUUGUGUACUUCUGCCAUUCCUCCUCUUUGGGACUCGUUGGCUGGCAGAGAUUGCAGGGCAGUGCCCUCUCCGACCAACCCAUGAAAGCCACGAGACCUGCAAUCACUCCCAGAAUGGAAGGAAGAGGGAAAGUUGGUGGCCAAGCUGUGGAUGUGUCCAUUACUACCAGUAAACCAUACGGGGAAAAGAAACUGAGCCACCUGGGCGAAAGUGUUCCUUCUUAUGUGUUGGUCACCGUUGAUCUUAAACCCCUGUAAGAAUCAAGUGAAGUCUACUGACAAACCUGCCCAGCCUUUGAACAGAGACCUGGAGGCUAAAUUCUUUCUCCAUUCAACGGAGUGUCACCAGCCGGAACUAUGGACCUAUGUCUUUCAGUUUUUUUAAAAUGAUCGGGUCUUUGACCUUCCCUGUCGGAAACAUCUGUCUACUUCUUUGACAGGCAGGAGUUUGCAGUUCUGAAACCAAAUGCCCGUGGUCUGUAUUGGAAGGAUCCAUUCUCGUUUGCUCACAAACCGGCACGUACGCUUCUAACCUAACUGUCC